AUGGCUAUGGCUAUGGCUAUGGCUAUGGCUAUGGCUAUGGCUAUGGCUAUGGCUAUGGCUAUGGCUAUGGCUAUGGCUAUGGCUAUGGCUAUGGCUAUGGCUAUGGCUAUGGCUAUGGCUAUGGCUAUGGCUAUGGCUAUGGCUAUGGCUAUGGCUAUGGCUAUGGCUAUGGCUAUGGCUAUGGCUAUGGCUAUGGCUAUGGCUAUGGCUAUGGCUAUGGCUAUGGCUAUGGCUAUGGCUAUGGCUAUGGCUAUGGCUAUGGCUAUGGCUAUGGCUAUUCCUCCACUAGACCCUCCUCCCUGCCCAAAAUUGAAAAUUAAAACCGCAUCCACCUGUCGUUUAGCCAAAAACAAGUCAACUAAUACGUCUUUCCGCUACCGGAUUUCUUUCAUUUUGAGUAGCGGUAUGCUUUGUUACAUCAUCGUCGAUGACCUCAACUCGGCGAUAUUUGCCACGGUUUUUGGUCGGGUCAAAGGUGAGGACAGUGGAAUUAUGCGGCUUUGCGACAGCGAUUACGAAUUAUCAUAA